CAUGUUUCAGGGCCACUCAAGCACAUAAAACAACCGGGAGGCCUCGUUCAAUUUCUAUUUCUGUUUCCAUUUUUGUUCGUCUCUCUCAGUUCAAACUUGCUCCAUCCCCUCCAAAAAAAAUUCAUCAUGGCGCGGGGCAUGUCCGGCUACUCCAUGGCUUCAAACUUCAACGGCUACGCCUCCGACUACGAGGAGAAGCUGCUCAACACCGUCUGGGUGAGCAUUGUGGGCCUGGAGGUCCUGAUGGUCCUUGCUGUCGCCACACGAGGCAUCUUCCGACGGCUCAGCCCGCAUCUCAAGCUGCGAUCACGAUAAAUUCACAGUGCUACAACAACGAUACGCAUAUUCCAACGACAUGACACAAAAGAUACCAAUGUCAAUGUCUCAGCAUCACAAUAUUCGAGGCCUCAUACACUUUAUCAUUCUUCAACCACAACGUUAAAGCAUCAGCGAACGAGCAAUCAUGGCGGCAGCGCUUCUUUCAAAGUUUUUUUUUUACUCGGC